AAGAAGAAACAAGAAAAGAAGCCAUGGCUGCAUCAGAAUCUGGCGGGAAGAUAACUUAUUUUGUGGUGGCAUCAUGUGUUAUGGCCGCCAUGGGAGGUGUCAUCUUCGGCUACGACAUCGGUGUUUCAGGUGGAGUGAUGUCAAUGGGGCCGUUCCUGAAAAGAUUUUUCCCAAAAGUGUAUGAACUCCAAGAAGAAGAUAGAAUAAGAAGAAGCAGUAACAACAAGAACCACUAUUGCCUUUUCAAUAGCCAACUUCUCACGUCCUUCACGUCUUCUCUCUACGUUUCUGGUUUCAUCGCUUGUCUGUUUGCUUCGUCGGUGACUCGUUCCUUCGGUCGCAAGCCCUCUAUAUUUCUCGGCGGCGUGGCCUUUCUUGCUGGCUCUGCUCUCGGCGGCUUUGCUCAAAACGUUGCUAUGCUCCUCGUUGCACGUCUCUUGCUCGGCGUAGGAGUUGGAUUCGCAAACCAGUCGGUUCCUCUAUACCUCUCCGAGAUGGCGCCGGCGAGAUACAGAGGAGCAAUCAGCAAUGGUUUCCAGCUCUGCAUCGGAAUCGGAUUUCUAACUGCAAAUUUCACCAACUACGAAACCCAAAAGCUCAAAGGCGGUUGGAGAAUCUCUUUGGCCACAGCCGCGAUUCCGGCUUCAAUCCUCACGUUAGGCUCUUUCUUUCUCCCGGAAACACCCAACAGUAUCAUACAAACCACCGGAGACGUUCGCAAGGCCGAGCUCAUGCUCCGCCGUAUCCGCGGAACAAACGACGUUCAAGACGAGCUCACCGAUCUCGUCGCGGCGAGUUCUGAAUCAAAUUCAAACGCAAACGCACACCAAAUGUUUACGAAAUUGCUACGGAGAAAAUACAGGCCUGAGUUAGUGAUGGCUUUUGCGAUACCUUUCUUUCAGCAAGUUACGGGGAUCAAUGUCGUUGCUUUCUACGCACCGGUUCUGUUUAGAACCGUCGGUUUCGGCGAGAGCGGUUCCCUGAUGUCGACACUCGUGACCGGAAUCGUUGGCACAGCUUCGACGUUGUUAUCGAUGCUUGUGGUGGACAGAAUCGGUAGAAAGACUCUGUUUUUGAUCGGAGGGUUACAGAUGCUUGUGUCGCAAGUUAUCAUCGGUGUGAUCAUCAUGGUGGCUGAGGUUCACGACGGAGUGAUCGGGGAAGGAUACGGUUACGCCGUUGUGGUUUUGGUGUGUGUCUACGUGGCGGGGUUUGGUUGUUCGUGGGGUCCACUAGGGUGGCUUGUACCGAGCGAGAUCUUUCCGUUGGAGAUAAGAUCGGCGGCGCAGAGUGUGACGGUGGCUGUGAGUUUUGUGUUCACUUUCGCUGUGGCUCAAAGCGUACCGCCGAUGCUAUGCAAGUUCCGAGCAGGGAUUUUCUUCUUUUAUGGAGGGUGGGUGGUGGUGAUGACGGUGGCGGUGCAGCUAUUUUUGCCGGAGACUAAGAAUGUUCCGAUAGAGAAGGUGGCUGCACUUUGGGAGAAGCAUUGGUUUUGGAGGAAAAUGACUAGGAAGCGUGAUAUUCAAGAAACAGACAUACUUGGGUCUUCU